AUGAAGGAGUCUCGCAAGCAGAAGUUGAGCAUGAGGCAAACAUUAUUUCCUCAUUUCAUAAGGCCAAACCUUUCAUGCUUCUACUACAAUUCUAAUUUGUUUUUCGGCAGGAAUGAUUCAACCGAUUUCUAUGAUUUUUUUGGACAGUUUUUGUAAAAAUUCGGCUUUACUCAUAAGCCGAUAUCUCAAACAGUUUUAAACCUACACAAAAAUAAACAACAUUUUCUUAAAUUUGCACUAUUCUUUAUUAAGGAUGCCAAAAAUCAUAGAAAUCGGUUAAUAUUUAUUGCCGUUUAUCAUGCUGCAGUUGAGAAAACACUUCAUCUUUGAGGGACAACCGCAAGCCCCAGAUGAUAUAUACCUCAGUGUGGAAAGGAAUCUCCUUCUAAAGGCUAAUGGAGGAUAUAGCAGCGCCUGGUCACUCUUCUAA